CGACUAAUCAAUAAGCAAAAUCAUAUGCGGUCACUGAAACAAAUUAAAUACUCGUUAUUGACAUAAUAAACCAAUAGACAUUGUCACUGACACAGAAAGGAGGAAAGUGGUACCCUAAUUUCCUCGUGUACCCCCAAACCAUCACAUCCCGGUGCUUUACUAGCCAGCUACAUUUCUUGAAUCUGUCUCCCCCUCCUGUCUCCUCUCCUCGAUUAUUUUCCACUCAGCUGAUCGCAGUUUAAAAUGGCGGCGUUGAGUAACGCCGAGUCCCCACCGCCCGUCUUCAACGGUGACACGAUGGACCGAGACCCGGAGCGGGAGCGGGGACUGGAGGAGCUGGGAGCCUGCCUGGACCCCGCCUGUUCGGUGGGGAUCCCGGAAUGUCCGCAGGACGAGGAGAUCUGGAAUAUCAGACAGAUGAUCAAGCUGACACAGGAGCACUUAGAGGCACUACUGGACAAGUUUGGAGGAGAAUGUAACCCCCCGUCCAUAUACCUGGAGGCCUAUGAGGAGUACACCAGUAAGCUUGACGCUCUGCAGCAGAGGGAGCAGCAGCUCCUGGAGGCCAUGGGGAACGGGACAGACUUCUACUCCUCCUCCCCUACGCCCCCUUCCCUCCUGGACGGGGGUUUGAGCUGUUCUGGGGGAUCCGGGGGCACCCAGUUCCUUCUCCCCUCCGCCCCCAACACCCUGGCUGUCCUCCAGACCCCUACAGACGGACGGGCCAAUCCCCGCUCCCCUCAGAAACCCAUCGUCAGGGUGUUCCUGCCCAAUAAACAGCGGACCGUGGUCCCAGCCCGCUGUGGCAUGACGGUCAGAGACUCUCUGAAGAAGGCUUUAAUGAUGAGGGGACUAAUCCCUGAAUGCUGUGCUGUCUACAGGAUACAGGAUGGAGAGAAGAAGCCUCUUGGCUGGGACACAGACAUCUCCUGGCUGACAGGGGAGGAGCUACACGUGGAAGUGCUGGAGAACGUUCCUCUGACCACACACAACUUUGUGAGGAAGACGUUUUUUACGUUGGCCUUCUGCGAUUUUUGCCGGAAGCUUCUGUUCCAGGGGUUCCGAUGUCAGACGUGUGGCUAUAAGUUCCACCAGCGUUGCAGUACGGAGGUGCCGCUCAUGUGUGUCAACUACGACCAGCUAGAUUUGUUGCUGGUGUCGAAGUUCUUUGAGCACCACCCCAUCACCCAGGAGGAGGUGUCGUCAGAGGGCACCACCCCCGUGUCCGAGGCCUACCCGUCACUGCCCCCGUCCGACUCCACCGGGUCCCUGCACCACGCCAGCGUGUCCCCGUCCAAGUCCAUCCCUAUCCCCCAGAAUUUCAGGCCCGGAGAAGAGGACCACAGGAACCAGUUUGGACAGAGAGACCGCUCGUCCUCCGCUCCCAACGUCCACAUCAACACCAUCGAACCAGUCAACAUAGACGACUUGAUUCGAGACCAAGGUUUACAGAGAUCAGAAGGAGCCCUCCCCUUGCAGACCCUCCCACCCGCCUGCUGCUUGAGGAAACACCGAACACGGAUCUCAAGCCCCCUCCUAUACUCCUACCCCAAUGACAUAGUCUUUGAUUUUGAGUCCGAGCCUGUGUUCCGAGGUAGCUAGGCCUCUGUGUGUGGU